UUCCCUGCAGCUGACCACCGUGUGGUCCAUCCUCCUCCUCCUUCACACGGAGAUGACGUCACUCCUGUCCCUGUGGCCAGGUGUGCGGCACCAGGUGUUCCUGGUCUGCAGCCACUGCACCUGCCUGGGCCUGCCCGAGCCGCACGUGUUCUUGGGGGAGGUGCUGGACCGGCCCCGCCCGGCCGCCGUCAGCGGACUGCCCUGUCCCAACGCUGACGACGAGGAGGUUGUGGAUGUGGCGCUGGUGUACCCACCUACUGAAGCCUUGGAGGGGGUUCUGCUGGAGGGCGACCUGCGGACCGCCAUGAUGGAGGUUGCCCAGCAGCUGGGGCGGGAUGACUGGCGGAGGGUGGGCCGGGUACUGAAGCUGGCUGAGGCGGACCUGGAGGAAAUUCAACACGAUUUCCAGACGCUCAGGGAGAUCAAGUUCCAAAUGCUGUUGUCAUGGAAACGGAAGGCAGGAGAAGACGCCACCCUGCGGUCCCUGAUGGAAGUGCUUGCAGAUGAAGACGUAGGAAGAAAAGACAUCGCCGAUUACCUCGCGUAUAAAUACUGCUGUAAAUAAGGAGAGACUUUGUAAAUGAACAGAAUUAAGUCGAAGUCAAUUGAAGUGUUGUUUUUUAAGUGUCAAAUUAACUUUGCCAGUUGUGGAUGAAGAAUUAGAAUUACAAUGCUGAGGUCAGGCUCAUUAUAGGGUUCUGACCCCUGGCGCAUUUUGAAGAAAUAUUGCUGACUUACGGAUAUAUAUAUAUAUACAAGAAUGUAACAAGAUCCGUAUGGAUUCGUGGAAGGUUUC